AUGUCCAGCUCGGGCGCCAUCAUUCUGGACGGCACGGCCAUUGCCAAGUCUGUCCGGGCAGACGUAGCGUCGCGUAUUGCCGAGGUGCGCAAGACGCAGUCCAAGUUCCAGCCUCAUCUCGUCAUCGUCCAAGUUGGGGAGGACAGCGCGUCAUCGACGUACAUUCGCAUGAAACGUCUAGCAGCCGAAGAAUGCGGCAUGAAAUUCACCCACGUUCAUCUGCCAGCAGGAACAUCGGAGAGUCUGAUCGUCAGUCGAGUAGGAGAUUUGAACGAGGACACCUCGGUCGAUGGCAUCCUCGUGCAGCUUCCCUUGGGCAAUCACAUCGAUGCGGCUGCCGAGCGCAGAGUCACCGAAGCCGUCUCGCCCGAGAAAGAUGUGGACGGUUUUCAUGCGCUCAAUAUCGGUCAUUUGUCCAGCAAAGCUUGCAAUCCCGCUUUUGCGCCUUGCACGCCUGCUGGAGUCAUUAGGCUGUUGGAAGAAGCUGGACUCAAAGACCUCUCGGGACUCAAAGCUACCGUCAUUGGAAGAUCUGACAUCGUCGGAAACCCCGUGGUAGCGCUGCUGCGAUCCAGAAAUGCCACCGUUACGCAAUGUCACUCCAAGACGAAGGAUGUGGCGGCUCACGUCAAGGAUGCCGAUAUCGUCGUCGCUGGUCUAGGCAAGACGCAGUUUGUCAAGGGUGACUGGAUCAAACCCGGCGGGGUGGUCAUCGAUGUGGGGACCAACUACAUUGCUGACUCGACAAAAAAGAGCGGCCAAAGGUUGGUUGGAGAUGUGGACUUUGAUGAAGCUUCUAAAGUUGCCAAAGCCAUCACUCCCGUGCCCGGUGGUGUGGGCCCCAUGACGGUGGCCAUGCUCAUGGUCAACGUGCUCGAAUCGGCUCUCAAGAGCUCUAGCAGCGGAAGAGCGAGAGGCGUCACUUCGCUGAAUCCCAUCAACAUCCUCGAAAAGGUACCUUCGGACAUUGAAGUGGCCAGAGCUCAGACGCCAAGACCCAUCACUACCAUCGCGAGGGAGAUCGGUCUGCUGUCGAGGGAGUUGGAACCGUAUGGGGACGUCAAGGCAAAGGUCGCCCUGUCGGUAUUGGAAAGAUUGCAACAUCGAAAGAAUGGCAAAUAUGUGGUCGUAGCAGGAAUCACACCGACUCCUCUUGGUGAAGGCAAGAGCACGACGACGAUCGGAUUGGCCCAGGCGCUGGGAGCUCAUCUUGGCAAACCAGCUUUUGCUUGCGUCAGACAACCCUCCCAGGGACCUACGUUCGGCAUCAAGGGUGGAGCAGCAGGUGGAGGCUAUGCGCAAGUCAUCCCGAUGGAAGAGUUCAACCUUCACUUGACUGGCGAUAAUCAUGCGGUGCAAGCUGCCAACAACCUUUUGGCAGCAGCCAUCGACGCUCGCAUGUUCCACGAGGCCACUCAAAAGGAUGGUCCGCUCUUCGACCGGCUUUGCCCAAAGAAGAAAGGCAAGAGAUCUUUUGCACCAGUCAUGUUUAGGAGGUUGAAGAAAUUGGGCAUCGACAAGACGGAUCCGGAAGAGCUUACGGAAGAGGAGCGCGUCAAGUUUGCCAGGUUGGAUAUUGAUCCCGAGACGAUCACUUGGCAUCGCGUCACCGACACCAAUGAUCGCUUCUUGAGAGGCAUCACGGUCGGACAAGCGCCCACUGAGAAGGGACACACCAGGGAGACGGCAUAUGAUAUUGCAGUUGCUAGCGAGUGCAUGGCUGUUCUUGCUUUGGCCAGCAGCCUGCAGGAUAUGCGGGAGAGGUUGGGUCGCAUGGUCGUGGCUUCUAGCAAAGCUGGACAACCCGUCACUGCGGAUGACAUCGGUAUCGGAGGAGCAUUGACGGUGCUCAUGAAGGAUGCGAUCAAGCCGAACUUGAUGCAGACGCUCGAAGGGACUCCCGUCUUUGUGCACGCUGGACCUUUUGCCAACAUUGCGCACGGAAACAGCAGCAUCCUUGCCGACGCCAUUGCGCUCAAACUCGCGGGUACGGAAGAGGGCGAAGACGAUACGAGCGCGGGCUACGUCAUUACGGAAGCUGGAUUCGGUGCGGAUAUAGGCAUGGAAAAGUUCUGCAACAUCAAGUGCAGAGAGAGCGGCUUGAAGCCGGACGCCGUGGUGCUGGUAGCCACGGUGCGAGCGCUCAAGACGCACGGAGGAGGACCGGAAGUGACGCCUGGCAAGCCGCUUUCGGAGGUUUACCUGCAGGAGAAUCUGGACAUUCUGCAAAAAGGCUGCGUCAACCUCGAGAAGCAUAUCGAGAAUGCAAAAAAAUUUGGUCUGAAGGUCAUCGUUGCUGUCAACAGAUUCUCUACGGACACGCAAGCGGAGCUGGACCUUGUGGUCAAGCAGGCGCUCAAGGCAGGAGCUGACAAGGCCAUCCCGGCCAAUCACUGGGCGCAGGGAGGCGAAGGUGCCAAAGACCUUGCUCAAGGCCUGAUCGAUACGCUCGAAGGCGAAAAGAGCAACUUUGAGUUCCUGUACGAUUUGAACCAGGACAUUGAGAAGAAGAUCGAAACGAUUGCGAGGGAAAUGUACGGAGCGGAUGGCAUCGAGGUUUCGGACUUUGCAAAGAAUCAAAUCGACACGUACACGAGACAGGGAUACAGAAAUUUGCCCAUCUGCAUGGCCAAGACGCACCUUUCCCUCUCGCACGAUCCCGUGCUCAAAGGUGCCCCGACUGGCUUCAAAGUACCCAUUCGAUCCGUCAAACUUAGCGCAGGUGCAGGAUUCCUUUAUCCGCUGUGCGGCGCUAUGCAGACCAUGCCCGGACUCUCUACAGCCCCCGGAUACCUCAACAUCGACCUGGAUGAGGAGGGUCAAGUAGUCGGUUUAUUCUGA